GUCAGGCAGGCCCGGCAGAAACUUUUGGAGUUCUCGACUCCAAUUGGACUCAAAUUAAAAAUCCAAACUUUGUCCAGAAGUUUCAACUAUUGCAGACUAUGUUGCAAGAUCCAAAUUCCAAUGCAUCGUUCUCGUAUGUUAUAUAUCAUCCACAAAGUGGCCAAUGCAUCCAAGUCUCAAAUGACAACAAAGAUAUGUUCAUGGGUAAUUGCUCCAACUCAGGUCGAUGGACUCAUGACAAUGAUAGCACUCCAAUUAGGAUGUCAAGCACUGGUUUAUGCUUAAAAACAAGCGGAGAAGGCCUUAUGCCAUCUCUCUCAACAGAUUGCUUCGGCCCUCAGAGUUCUUGGAGAGCCAUUUCAAACACUAAGCUUCAUUUGGCCACCAUAACUCAAGAUGGGAAGAGCCUUUGCUUGCAGGUUGAAAACUCUAAUUCUUCAAAAAUUGUGACAAACUCUUGUAUUUGCACUGAUGGUGCUCCAACUUGCCUCGAAGACACCCAAAGUCAAUGGUUUGAACUCGUUGAAACCAACACAUUGUGAGUUGCUUAUGUAUUGGGAAGAAUAAAUAUAUGA